AUGAGUCACAGUCCAACAGAUGUCAAGAGAAUUGAUAAAAUUCUAGAAAAACAUCGUCCACAAUAUCUAAAUGUUGUUUAUAUACCAUUCCAAAUUUUUGCUAAUCCAGAAAAGAAAUUACAACUUUCUGAACGUACAAAGGCUAUUCGCAUUGAUGAAAAUGAUCCAACUUCUCCAUUUAGACAUGUAAAUAGCAUUGACAAAUUAGAAACAGAAAUUUUUGAAAAUUGUCCAACACUAGGACAUGUUUGGGAUAAAUGUUGUGAAUUAUACGAAGAAUUACCAUGUUUUGGGACUCGUGAAAUUAUAACAACUGAAAAUGAGAAACAAGCUGAUGGAAGGAUGUUUCAAAAAGCUGAAUUGGGUCAUUAUGAAUGGAUGUGUUAUGGUGAGGUUGAUGACAAAAUAACAAAUUUGGCAAAUGCUUUUGUUUUAUUAGAUUUACCACCAAAAACACAUAUAGUUAUAUUUGCUGAAACUCGUGCUGAAUGGAUGAUUACAGCUCAAGCCUGUUUUCGUAGUGGUUAUCCAGUUAUUACUGUUUACGCUACACUUGGAGAAGAAGCUGUUACUUAUGCUAUUAAAGAAUCAGAAGGUAAAGUGUUAUUUACGACAACUGCUCAUUUAGAUACAAUAAAAAAAAUAAGAAAAAAUAUUGAUAACAUUGAACAUGUUAUUUAUUUUGAAGAUCGCUUUAAUCCUUCAGUCAAUGAUCCUAAAAAACUAGAAACAAUAAAAGAAUUAAAAACAUCGUUUAAACGUUGUGAUCUUUGGGAUGAUUUUGAAGCCAUGGGAAGUGGCAUGAAAAGAGAUCUUGAAAAAGUUAAGGAUAAUGAUAUUUGUAUGAUAAUGUAUACUAGUGGAACUACUGGAAAUCCAAAAGGUGUUGUUUUAACACAUAAAAAUAUUAUUGCUGCAGUUGCUGGACAAAGAUCAGUAAUUCCAAUAAAAUCAACAGAUAUUUAUAUAGGAUAUUUACCACUUGCUCAUAUUCUUGAAGUGUGUGCUGAACUUGUUGUAUUAUCAAAAGGAUGUAGAAUUGGUUAUUCAUCUGCUCAAACAUUAUUUGAUCGUGCUCCAAAAAUAAAAAAAGGCACAAAAGGUGAUACAUCAGUAUUAAGACCAACACUUAUGGCAUGUGUUCCUGCAGUUAUGGAUCGUAUUUUUAAAGCUGUUACAGAUGAAGUAUCUAAUGGAUCUAUGAUAUUUAAAGAACUUUUCCGUAUUUGUUAUGAACGUAGACGAUCUCGUUAUGAAGAUGGAUACUCAAGUUUUAUUAUGAAUAAAUUGGCUUUUAAUAAAAUUAAAAAACUUUUGGGUGGCAAACUUCGUGUUGUUCUUUCUGGUGGAGCACCACUUAAUGCUGAGACACAACGUUUUAUGAAUAUAUGCUUUUGUUGUCCUGUUGUUCAAGGUUAUGGAUUAACUGAAACAUGUGGUGGGGCAACUUUAGCUGAUGUUCAUGAUUUAUCAACUGGAUCUGUUGGACCACCAUUGACAUGUUGUGAAAUUAUGCUUCGUGAAUGGUCUGAAGCUAAUUAUAGUCCAUUAAAUGAUCCACCACAAGGGGAAAUAUUAAUUCAUGGAAGUAAUGUAUGUGAAGGAUAUUAUAAAAAUCCUGAAAAAACAAAGGAAGAAUUUGUAAUAAUAAACGGCAAGCGUUACUUCUGUACUGGAGAUAUUGGUGAAAUUCGUAAUGAUGGCUCUAUCAAAAUAAUUGAUCGCAAAAAAGAUCUUAUAAAAUUAAGUCAUGGAGAGUACAUAUCUCUCGGUAAAGUUGAGACAUCUCUUCUUACAAAUUCAAAUAUUGACAAUAUUUGUGUUUACGGAAACUCUCAUGCCUCCUAUCUUAUUGCACUUAUUGUACCAAAUGAAAAAAAUAUUAUGAAAUUAGCAGAGGAAAAUGAUAUUACUGGAAAGUCUUUCAAAGAAAUUUGUUCUGACAAAACAGUUAAUAAUAUAUUAUUAAAAGUAAUUCAAGAUUCUGUUAAAGGAGUACUUACACGUGUUGAAAUACCAGCUAAAAUUUAUCUUUGUAAUGAACCAUGGACACCAGCAAGUGGAUUACUAACAGAAGCAUUAAAAUUAAAACGUAAGGUUAUUGAGAAUCACUAUAAAAAGGAGAUUGAAUCACUCUAUAACCACAAUUAA